UGUUGUUGAUGAUGGUGGUGGAGAGCAAUGUCAAACACGUGGGUUCAACAUCUACCAUAGGGGUUUAGUUUGGUUGAGAUUUCCAGAUUUCCAGUUGCAGCAGUCAGCUGUUUUUAGAGGAAAGUUCCUGUCCAGCAUUAAAACAAGAGAUAGACAAAGUUAGAAGAAUGUAAUGGAGCCGUUUGCAGCUAAAGAGCCACAUAUUUCCCUCAGGAGCUGGUGGAGACCAAAAACAGAGCUAAAAUAAGAGUGAACAUUGAAUUUACAUUUCUCAGGUGGCUGGAAGCAUGACUCUAAAUAGAUCCUAAUGUCACUUCAUGUCUGCUUGAUGUGAAUAUGCAUCUGUUUGCUAACAAAUUUACCAAAACUUUAUAAAGUGAUAAUAUGUCAAUGUUGGUUACUUGUUCUGCUGCCCCCAAGAGGCCAAAAAAAUCACUUAAUGCUGCUUUAAAUUUGGGUGAGGUAACAAAUUGUAUAACUUGGAAGCCUAUAAUAACAACACUCUCACUUACCUGCCAAUGUUACUUAUCUAGAGGGAAAAUUAAAUUUAUUUGCUCUUAAGAUGCCCUGAGUGUCCACGUCUGGAAACCAGUGUUUAACUAUAUGGAUACUGGUAUACUGGACGAUACUCACCAUUAUAACUAUAUUAGAAUAGUUUUAAUAUACCAAAUAACCGUUUUAAUUGCUAUUUACUCGUUUUGUCGUCCUAAAUGCACAAACCAAGCAAUGGGCGACGCUGCCAGUUAGAAGAAAACACUGCCGGGAAACAAGUUAUUGGACACAUAGCGGGCGACCAACGGUAGGAGGAGGAUGGAGAUGGCGGAGAAAUAGCUAGCGACAGCGACAACCCACUCAAAAAAAACCACCUCUGGUGUUUCCCCAUCGAACAUCCGACUGUUGACGGCGACAGACCAUGAUUGAGAUGUUUCAAGCCACAGAGCUGAAUACCAAAUUGCCUUCCUCUAUCAAGAGAUAGCCAGUCUGCAGGAUGGAGACCCAGGAGGAAUGAUAGAGUUUCCUCCCCCUCGGGUGACGCACCGACAGUCAGAGAAAAUGCACUGGGCCGGCGGAUACGUUUUUCUGGUCCUGGUGUCCCUUAUCGCCUCUCGCACCGCCUGGGCCUUAUCAGCGGACACGGAUAGAAACCGCACGGAGAAUGGCACUGUGACAGACGGCGGAUUUGUCCCAGUUGCAUUCACAAAAGUGAACCAGAUAAUUGCCCGGGAGGGGAGCUGCGCACUGAUUGACUGCAAUGUCACUGGAGACCCGCUCCCCAGUUUUAAAUGGUUCAACUCCCAUGGAAACCGUCUGGACACCGAGACGAGUGGUGGGAAGUGGUGGCUGCUGGACAACGGUGUCCUCAACAUCACCAGCAUCGAGUUCGCAGACCGAGGAAAGUAUACAUGCAUGGCGUCCAACGUGCACGGCAGCUCCAACUGCACGGUGACUCUGCGUGUGGUCUUCACCAACGGUGACAUGGGCGUGUACUACAUGGUGGUGUGCCUGGUCACCUUCACCAUCAUCAUGGCCCUGAACGUCACGCGCCUCUGCAUGAUGAGCAGUCACCUGAAGAAGACGGAGAAAGCCAUCAACGAAUUCUUCCGCACGGAGGGCGCCGAGAAGCUACAGAAGGCCUUCGAGAUCGCCAAGCGGAUCCCCAUCAUCACCUCGGCCAAGACGCUGGAGCUGGCGAAGGUCACGCAGUUCAAGACCAUGGAGUUUGCGCGGUACAUCGAGGAGCUGGCUCGCAGCAUCCCGCUGCCGCCGCUCAUCAUGAACUGCCGCACCUUCAUGGAGGAGAUCUUGGAGGUGGUCGGAGUGGAGGAGAUGAGGCACACCUUCCUCAGGCAAGCGCCGGAGGGACGCGGCGAGGUCACGGGAAGGAUGGCCUCCAUCGGGGGGAGGGACGUCUUCACCAUCCUGCAGGAGAGGGAGCGGGAGAGGGAGCGCAGCGAAUCCCCCGCCGCCGAUUCAGACAACUCCUCCGUUCACGAGCAGCCGCAGCAAAUCGCCAUCCAGGUGUCGGUCCACCCGCCGCUCGCCGCCGGAGGUUACUGCGGCAUAGAAGCACCGCCGCAGCCCGAGGCCACGCCCUCCUCUCCUCCCCCCUCAUCCUCCUCUCCUCUGCCGCUGCCUCCCGCUCACCAGGAGGAGCAGCCCGAGGCGGAGGCGGAGGCGGAGGCGGAGGCGGAGGCUGAGCAGAGCGCCGAACAGGCUGCACCAGAGCCGGCGCCGGCAAAUAACACCCCUCCCUGCCAGGUGAUCUAUGAGAGCCAUGUGUGACGACACCAACCAACCAAGGAGGAAUGAUGAGUUAUCCUGCUAUGCAUUUCCACUUGAAGACAAAAAAAAAAAAAGGUCAAAAACAAGUUUUAGUUUCUCAUUUUGGACGAAACAAUCACAUUUUUAUUUAUCUUUUCUGAACAGAACAAUCUUUAAACCUUCGUAGGCUGUAAUACGGAGAAUAAAUCAGAAGGUUUGUAGACAA